GGCGGGACGCAGGGGGCCGGCCCCCGCUCCACCGCCCCCGGGUGCCCCCGCCCCCGACCCGCCCGGCCCCGGCCACCUGCGCCCCGCCCCGGCCGCGCCCGAGCCCGGGAAAGGCGGAGGCGCGCCUCUGCUUAGGGAAGGGCGAGUUCCCGUUGCGACGCGCCGUGUGUGUCCGGGGACAGUCGUCCGCUGCCCUGGGCAUCGCGGAUCCCAGGACGUUCGCGAGGGCCUUUCCCGGUUGUGCGAGACGGCGCCCCUCUGGCCGGCAGGAUGACCAACCCUGCGGCCACGCAGAACAAGGAAAUAGACUGUCUGAGCCCAGAAGCCCAGAGACUGGCGGAGGCGAGGCUGGCUGCGAAGCGUGCGGCCCGCGCGGAGGCCCGAGAGAUCCGAAUGAAGGAGCUGGAGCGACAGCAGAAGGAGAUCUAUCAGGUUCAAAAGAAAUAUUAUGGGCUGGACACAAAAUGGGGUGACAUCGAACAGUGGAUGGAAGACAGUGAGCGUUAUUCACGUAGAUCCAGAAGAAACACAUCGGCUUCCGACGAAGACGAGCGCAUGUCAGUGGGUAGUCGUGGAAGUCUGAGGGUCAGUAACCAGGAUGACUGGGUUUGCACGCCACAGCCUGACCUGGAUUAUGGGGGUCCUUACGCCUGGACAAAUGGUUAUGAUGGAGAAUCAUAUGGAUCCCAGUCCCUGAAUAGAAGAUCUGGCAGGAAUUCCAGCUACAGCAGCAGCGGUGAGGGCAGAUUCUCUACUUUGUCAUCAGCCAGAGAGGAGACGUUGGGACUCUCCUGCUCGGACCUCGGGCUUCCCAGGGGCGGCCUUGCUCUCCUGUCUACCCAGAGCGGAAAGCAGCCCUCCUAUCUGUACAGUGCUGCCCGGCCUCCUGCAAGUUACCGGGCAUCUGUGUUCGAUGACAUCGGUCCCGGCGGGACACGGCGGGGUAGUGCCUGCGGUUCCUAUGCUCCUUCGGAGCGCGGCGGCCACCUCAACUCCAGCUCCCGAGCCUCCUCCAGAGCCAGCUCGGCGCGGGCCAGCCCAGUGGUUGAAGAGAGACCAGACAAAGAUUUCACUGAGAAGGGGUCUCGGAGCCUGCCCGGCCUGUCGGCAGCCACGCUGGCCUCCCUGGGCGGGACUUCCUCCCGGAGGGGAAGCGGGGACACGUCCAUCUCCAUCGACACGGAGGCAUCCAUUAGGGAGAUCAAGGAACUGAAUGAGUUGAAGGACCAGAUUCAGGACGUAGAAGGCAAAUACAUGCAGGGGUUGAAAGAGCUGAAGGACUCACUGGCGGAAGUUGAGGAGAAAUACAAAAAGGCGAUGGUUUCCAACGCUCAGCUUGACAAUGAAAAGACGAACUUCAUGUACCAGGUUGACACAUUAAAGGACAUGUUGCUGGAGCUCGAAGAACAGCUGGCGGAGUCCAGGCGGCAGUACGAAGAGAAGAACAAAGAGUUCGAGAGGGAGAAGCACGCCCACAGCGUCCUGCAGUUCCAGUUUGCCGAAGUUAAGGAGGCCCUGAAGCAACGAGAAGACAUGCUGGAGGAAAUCCGACAGCUACAGCAGAAGCAGGCGAGUUAUGUCAGGGACAUUUCUGACCUUCAGGAGACAAUAGAGUGGAAAGACAAGAAGAUAGGGGCUUUAGAGAGGCAGAAAGAGUUCUUUGAUUCCAUAAGGAGUGACCGAGAUGAUCUUAGAGAAGAAGUAGUCAUGCUGAAAGAGGAAUUGAAGAAACACGGAAUAGUCCUCAAUUCAGAGAUCACUACCAAUGGAGAGACUUCCGACACCCUAAAUAACGUUGGACACCGAGGUCCUACCAAGAUAACAAAAGAAGAGUUAAAUGCUCUCAAGACGAUGGGGGACGGGACGCUAGGAAGAGCCAGUGAAGUGGAGGUGAAAAGCGAAAUUGUGGAGAAUGUGGGGGAAAAAGGAAUGUUGCAGAAUACUGAGCAAGAACAGCACACAGAGGACCCAGCACGGGAGCGUGCGGACACAGAGGUGUUCCAUGCUGGUGGAAAUGCCGAGGACCAGAAAGCCUCUGAAGACAGGGCCCCCUCGCUGGGAGUCUUAGCAGAUGGUCCAGAUGAGGAACGCGUUCCAAACCAGAGUCUAGAGAAUGCUUCCUUUCUUGAAAACACGGAGCAGGUUGAGUCCACACCAGACGACAGGACUGGGGCUUCCCUUGAGCGGUCCGACUGCUUGGGUGAAUUAGAUGGUGAAAUCCCAGGUCCUGUGACUGAGCAGGACAGUUACAGUGCCUUGGAUAUCAACAACCAAAGUAAAGAAUCUGCAGAAACACAGGAAGAUUUGAAAAUCUUGGGAGAGGGUAGCACAGAGCCAUGUCAAGAAUCUGCGUCUCCACAAACACCUGAAAUUGGAGAGCUGGGCAGUGUAGACACGAGGGAGCGAGGCGGGAGCCCCACAGAGGGUGUGGUGGAGGCAGGGCCAAGGGGGCUUGGGGAGCAGGUGGGCACAGUAGACUCCAGACCUCCGAGGUAUAACAGUGACACCGUGAGUGAUGAUGAAAAGUACGCGGUAGAUGUCCCCACCGAGUUGGACCCGAGCUCAGGGCAUGACCUAGAGAAAGAGCCCGCCACGCAGGAAGUUGCUGAGCCCGGGGAGCUCCCAGUUCAGAGCACAGCGGUAGGUGAGGAGAGUGAUGAAAAGGAGGACCAGGAAAGGGGGCCGAAGGAUGAGAAACCAAUCCAGACGGAAGUGCGGAACGUCCCUUGUUGUCCAGCAGCCGAAAGCAGUCCUCGGGGAGCAACGGAUCUAGGUGUGGCAGACACAGAAAGCGAGCCCCCAGAUCCGAAAGAACCCGAGGAAGAAAAGAAUGACCAACAGGGAGAGGCAUUGGAUUCAUCCCAGAAGAAGACGAAGAACAAGAAGAAGAAAAACAAGAAGAAAAAACCACUGGCGCCUAUAGAGACCCUGAAAGAUGUUAAGAAAGAGUUACCGUUCCAGAGCCCAGAUUUAAGUGAAGUUAAGGAAGAAGAGCAGGUAAAAUUUACUGACGAAAAACCAGUUGUAGAAGCACAAGAUGAGGUCACUGAAAGCCCAGAAAAGGAAAGCGUAGCAGGAAGCAGUGAAAAUGUUGAUGGUCCAGAAAAUCCUAAAAUUGAGUCGGAUGAAAAACUUAACCAAGAAGAUGAGGGCGUAAACACUAAAGCGGGGAAAGAAGCAGCCGAUGGCGACACAUGGGGGUCGGGAGGUGACGCGGCCCAGUCAUCAGGCGCGAUGAAGGAGCCCGAUGAAGCCGUUCUAAAAGAUGGCGCCGAGCAAGAUGGCGCCACCCACCGCAUUCCAGAACCAGGGAGUGCAGAAGCGCCCGGCGGCACCCUGCUGGAGAAUGAAAGCCCCCUCGAGGACAUCGACGAUGCGUCUCACGCAGGAAGCACAGAGCCGCAGGAGACGACGGAAUGUGCCAGUCAGGUAGUCCGGAAGGUUGUAGAGGGUGAGGAUGACCUAGCACCCGCAGGAGAGCUGGGAGCCUCCGAUUCAGAAAGCAAAGACCAGCCGAGAGGCGGAAGCGAGAAGGGCAGAAGCAAAGAGGACUGCACCCUGUCGUAAGUGGAGUGGAGGCUGGCUGUAGAGGGGCCAAGGACUGCACAGUAGGUCCAGCUGUCAGAGGCUCAUCUGCUCUUAACACCGGUGAGGCUCCUAAAACGGCCCCCGUUGAUUCAGACGCACCACGUGACAGUCAACCACCGAGCUGUCUGCCACGUUGAGUUAUAGACUGUUACUUGGGGAUGGAUACUUCCUCGCUAAGCCUGUCACCCCGAUUAGAAAGAAAGACACGCUUGUGAUCAGUAUGCGUUCCAACUGAGAGCACUCUAGUAGUGUCUCUCAUAACACUUCGUAUUUCUGCUUAAAUUCCACCUAAAGCUAUUCAGCACUUGCCUUAGGCUGAUACUCUUGACCAAAUCUGUCGGCAUACAGUUGACCAAAUGGCAUUCUGAGACUUCCAUAUUGUAAGUACAGUGAUACUUAAAUUGAUUUGUCGCAUUCAAACGUGUGCUUUCAUACUUGAUUUUGAUGUGUACGUUAUAACCUGUGAGGUAUUUUAUUUUAAAAGGAAAUAAACGGCCAAAUAGCGUAUAGGUCACGGAGUGAUAAGAUUUGCACCUUAGGACAGUAAUGCAUCAUGUUAGGGAUAAGAAAGCACUGGGAGAUCUCCCUUCCCUUUACCGCGUUCAAAUAUUUUAUCUCAAACCAAUAACCUUUUGAUCUCAUUGUUAAUGAUACCUGAAUUUGUUUUAUAGAUUUUGACCUCACUCUGUGCUGAUCAUGUACCAAAGCCAUUUUAUACAAAGAUUUUUUUUUUUAAUUUGUUUCUGGAAGAGACGUACAUUGAAAUUGUAUUUCCUAAUGCGGUAUUGGGGGGGGGACCAUUUCUAAAAUUGUUUAGGUUUUCUUAACCUUAAAAUUACUUCUCUUUCUAUUUGUCUAAGUGUUAAUCCAAAACGUGACCAUUUUUGUGCAAACUGCUCAUUGGACUGUAACAGGAUAUUUUAAAUAGAGAAUCACUUUUGGUGUUUUGGUAUAAAUAUUUUCCUUUGCUGUUUCUCAGUAUAUUCUUAUUGGAAAAUUCUUGAUUUGAUCUUCCUGAAGGAAAUCUAUCUUUUCUAUACAAGGAAGCCUUUUAAAAAGUAAUUGUAAAGUUAAAUAAAAAAUAUUGUGAAAUGUUAAAAUUACAAAGGACUGUACAUGAUGAAUGCUGUUGACACUUUGUGAGAUUAUAUGAAUUCAUGUCACUGUUACAAGAUAUAAUUGAAUGCAAAAAAAAGACCAGAACCUCAAUAAAAUUUGAGGCAAGUGUGUUAUUAUGUAACUGAAAUAAAAAAAACCCAACAUUUUAUAAUUUGACAA